AUGUCGACUGCUAACGACAACAACCAACAAAAUCAGCAACACCAGUUGAACCAGCAAAAUCAACAAGAGGAUGGAACUCCAGUCCCUUUACCGCGAAGAUCUCCUCAACAAUCCCGAGAAGGGUCACCUGACAGAUCUAUAUCAUAUGCGAAUGACCAGCAUGGGGAUGAUCAAGCUAUUGAUGAAGCAUUGAAGCAAUUAAUCGAAGAACAAGUCAACAAUGCUCUUCAAGCUUUUGUUAGUGGGUAUAUCACAAAGCUGCGGAUAGAGGAAGGUACUAUCACUCAGUCACGGGGAGAUGAAAGAGUAAGUUCGAGACGACCUGAAACUGAAAAAAGGUCCAGUAAGAACAGGUACCAGCCAUACAUAAGACCAGCAGGUAGGGAUUCACGAUCUAAACAGGAGAACCCAAGGUACUGGACUUUAUUUACUGAUGGCUCUUCAAACGUCAAAGGGGACGGUUUGGGUAUUGUCUUAAUCCCACCUUCAUGUGAAAGUAUAAGACAAGUAAUUAAGUGUUACCCUAUUACUAACAAUGAAGCAGAAUUUGAAGCUGUAAUUACAGGUUUGGAAUUAGCACGAGAACUCUCCAUAGAACAAAUCGUGAUUAAAAGUGACUCUCAACUAGUAGUCAAUCAGAUGCAGGGGACCUACACUGCUAGGGAGGCACGAAUGCAACAAUACUUGGAAAAGGCACGAAAACUGGUCAGGCAAUUCCAGUCAUAG